CAAUAGCAUGGCCAUUUGUUAUGAGCUAGUCGACCCGUGCCAAGACAAUCAACAAAGCUGUUUGUUUCAGAGAAGAAAUGCCAUAUUACGCUGUUUCUGAACAGGGCUAUUGAACUUCCAGUUAAAUCCCUGAACCAGUUAUGUGUGUACGCCAUCAUGUUUUUGGAUUGUGAAAAUUGUGUUUCGGAAAAUGUGUAGAAAAAGUAUUUUUUUCGUGUGCUGGAUAUUGUUGCAUGGUUUUGUGCAGGCAGACAUUUUCUACGCCGACGGCUCCAGUCCCAUCAAAGAAGCUCUAGAAGUCUGGCAUUCGAGGGUCCCCAGGGUCGCCGCCCGGAGAGCCAACGACCCCGACUGUGAAAGGCCAGAAAUUUACAUUUGUGAGGAGCCUCCAAACAUCGUGUCCCCGAUCAACCGCGACACGUGCAACUACCGCAAUGUGAACUACCAGCAGCAGAUUUACCGCUGGGUGGCGGGGUGGGGCUGCCUCAUCUACACCCCCGACUUCUUGUACCUCGGGGGCUUCAACCCCCUCAAUAUGAGCACCAGCUGCAUCUAUGGGUCUUCCUAUGCUCCUUGUCUUGAAAUUGCAAAAGAAGACGGGUCCUGCGGUUGCUACCCCUUCGACCCAAGCUUCAGUGAAGUGGUCUCCGUCAUCCAAAGCGCUCUGCUCCCGUCCGCCCACGGCCGCUGGGAGCGCUGCUUCGAGUCUGCCAAGGACUGCUGUCUGGAGCACAUGAUCGACGGCGCCACAGCGAAUUACACAGGCUGCGGCACAACAUUUGACGGCUGGACCUGUUGGCACAGAACACCACCAGAUUCGACGGCUUCUGAAGUGUGUGCGGAGUUCGCCUACUCCAAUGUUGGACCUUCUUGCCAUCAUUUCAGUAGCAAACAGUGUAACGCGAAUGGCGUGUGGGAGUUGCAAACCGACUACAGCAGCUGCAGUAUAUCCCCAAGACUACUCCGGCGGUAUCGAUAUCACAUCGCCAUGCUGUCUUACUCAAUCAUGAGUUGUGUGCCGGCUGUGUUAAUCUUCUUCUUCUAUAAGAGAUUGAGGAUUACGAGAGUGGCGCUGCAUAGGAAUCUACUGAUCGCUGUUAUGUUGAGGAACGCUUUGGUCAUCGUUAGUCGAAGCCUGAUCUACAUAGAUGAGUUAACCAACUCCGGCGACACGGUGAUGUCGACCAACAGCUACUGGUGCCGUGGUGUCAGCGUGGCGGAGCGCGUGGCGGCCAACGCUGUGUUUGUUUGCAUGUUGGUCGAAGGAGUUUAUAUGCAUAGGCUCAUUGUUGCUGUCUUCAAAAAGAAGCUCAAUUUGACAUGGCUGUAUUCUUUUGGAGCCGUAAUCGCCAUCGUACCUGUAAUAGCAUGGUCAGUAGUGAUGGGCGUAUACGACAACCACUCGUGCUGGCUGGUGUACACGACCGGGUACGCGCAGUGGAUCGUGGACACGCCCCGGAUCGCCAUAUUGCUGGUUAAUACCGGGCUCUUCCUCAACGUCAUGAGGGUUCUGUUGACCAAGAUCAGAAAUAGCGAGAAUGCCAAUCAAUUAAACACAACCAAAGCAACCUUAUUCCUAAUGCCAAUAUUCGGGGUGCAGUUCCUGCUGACUGUAUUUAGACCGAACACUACAAAUUGUGUCGGGGAACAGGCGUAUUACUACGUGGCUUACACCGUCGAGGGUUUGCAGGGCUUUAUUGUGGCUAUGCUGUAUUGCUAUGUCAAUAAAGAGGUUCAUGCGCUUAUAAAAGCUACUUACAGGAAGACAGAAUCAUAUGUUUCCCGAGCAAGAAGAGACUCCACAGCACCAAGAAUGAGUAGCCAUGUAGACAGACGAUUGACUUACAGUACAGGGCUGCAAUCACAAGAAAAUCCAAAACCAGAAUACGCUACCAUCAGACCUAGUUUACACGUCGCGGAGAUCGUAUCGAUACAAGCGAGCGAACGUUUAGCUGAAAUUCUCGAACCAGUCUACGAAAGUAUCGAAACUGGUGUAAAUAAUGACGGGUAUGAGUACGGAGAAUUUUGUGCUCCAAAAAGAGAACAUCGCAUGCCUUUCGUACUGGACGGAUCAAAUUGGAUCAAUUGCGUUUCCUCACCUAAUAGCAGCGUUUAUAACAAUUCUUUGAAUGAUUAUGAAAUAACACAUCCAGAAAAGAAAUUAGUAACUUUCGCGAGAAGUCAAGAUUUACGAGACAGAAAACCAGGUCUCGAAAGUACAAUGGAAACUCUACCAGAAGUCAGUCCUUCUAUGUUUAAUGAUUACAAAGAUGUAGCAAAUGUAGAAUCAAGUCCAAAAGUCGAUCAUGACUUGGGAAAUAGUGACGUGGACAUUGAUAUUCCAGAUGAUAUUCAGUACAUUAGCAAUGAUGACGAAAACAUGAUCGACGAAAUAAUGCAAUAUAUUGUUAAUAAAGAAAACACCGACAUUCAGUUGAACCCUGACCUUCUAUGUCCUAACAGAGGCAAAGAUGAUACAAUAGUUUUUGUUGAUAAGUAGAUGUAGAUAUAUUUAACCCUUAACGUUAUAUUGCCAUUUGUAUCACCACAAAAUAUAAAAUGAUAAGUCGAAAUAAUUCUAAAUUGUGUGGAUAAACAGUUUUAUAUUUUUAUAUUUUAUAUUCAAAUAAAUUGUGUUUUAAACGA